CGCACAGAAACAUCUGGACUGGACCCGGAACCGCGGAGGAUUUUUUUGGGGGGGCUUUUUUUAUUUCUUCCUCCAAGUUUAAAAUUUUUUGGGGGAGGAAUUUGUGCAGCUGAGCGCGAGCCUGACAUGGACUUGUGAGAGUGACUCCAGAGAGGAGUUGUAGUCGGGACUGACUGAAUUAAGAGACAAAAACACAAAAUGGAAAACAAGCGGUGAAAAAAAUCGCUGCAAGAAUCGACAAAAACGUCGAAAAAAACGUCAAAAAGUUGCAAAAAAACCAUCCAAAAAGAGAGGUGAUGUUAGCGGUGCAUGCAGGGCAGAUGGACGGGUCCCGACAGAGCGCCUUCCUCCUCAGCACCCCUCCUUUAGCAGCUCUGCACAGCAUGACCGAGAUGAAGACCCCGCUGUACCCGGCGUACCCGCUCUCCUCCCCGGGGCCGAACUGCUCCACGUCCCCGGCCACCACGUCCCCAAACCCGGGCGGGAUCGCCGUGUCUGUGUCCUCCAAGAGCUCCACGGCUGGGGGGCAGCUGUCCUCGGGGCUCGGAUCCCCGCAGCAGUGUUCCUCCGCGACCCCGCACGGAAUAAACGACAUCCUGAGCCGGCCCCCCGCGUCCGCAGCCACGGCUUCUUGUUCCUCUGCUGCGGGGAUUCUGUCCGGUUUGCCCCGGUUCAGCAGCCUCAGCCCGCCGCCGCCCCCCGGACUUUACUUCAGCCCCGGGGCCGCGGCGGUGGCCGCCAGUGUGGCCCGGUACCCGAAGCCUCUCGCGGAGCUGCCGGGCCGGACGCCCAUCUUCUGGCCCGGAGUCAUGCAGAGCGCGCACUGGAGGGACGCCGCCAGGUUCGCGUGUUCACCGCAUCACAACUCGGUGCUGCUGGACAAAGACGGGAAGAGGAAACACACGCGGCCCACUUUCUCUGGACAGCAGAUCUUCGCUCUGGAAAAGACUUUUGAACAAACGAAAUAUCUGGCGGGGCCGGAGAGAGCGCGCCUGGCUUAUUCUCUGGGCAUGACCGAGAGCCAAGUCAAGGUGUGGUUCCAGAACCGGAGGACUAAAUGGAGGAAAAAGCACGCGGCGGAGAUGGCCACGGCCAAGAAGAAGCAGGACUCGGAGACCGAGAGGCUGAAGGGGACCUCGGACAACGAGGACGAGGACGACGACUACAACAAGCCCCUGGACCCGAACUCAGACGACGAGAAGAUCACACAGCUGCUGCAGAAACACAAGCCGCUGCUGCUGCACACUUCAGAGAACGACAGCUCCUAAAACACACACACACACACACACACACACACACACACACACACACACACACACACACACACAUAUACAUAUAUUAUAUAUAUAUAUACAUAUAUCUGCCUAUAUGUUCCCGCGGACUGACAGAAAAGGAACUCUCGGAGUCGAACAUUUCAACCUGUUGGGACACAAAGAGGACUUUUACUUUGUAAAUAGAAAAGCGUGAGUUGCAUCCAAAAAUCAAGAGAACUACACUUAAAAAAAACUGCUUUUCUGCUUCUUUUUCUGGGAAAUCAACGGAACUCUCGGAGUCUCAACGGAACUCUCGGAGUCUCAACGGAACUCUCGGAGUCUCAACGGAACUCUCGGAGUCUGACAUUUCAAGAUUUUGUCUCGGAUGGAGGGUCCUCCUGUCGGGACACACAGAGGACUUUUAUUUUGUAAAUACGAAAAAGAAAAAGCGUGAGUUGCAUCCUAAAAGACCACCCCACCCCCCCCUAGCCCCCCCGCUGUGAGUCCCUCAUGUGGUUUUGUAUUCACACACAGAGACAAUAAGAAAGGCUCCACGCGCCUGUACACACCGAAUAUUGUCCCACUUUAAUUUAAAUGUCUGAAGCUGUGUAUCAUCAUCAGCGGAUCAAUGUAAUGCACUUUUAUUUAAUAA